AUGGAGGAAUACAAGGCAGAUGUGCGCCAUCACUUCCCACAGCUGCUGAUAGCUCUCCUGGAGACGAUUUCCAACUUCCUCUACGACCAGGAAUUCCUCAAGUGAGUAGUGUGUCACAAAGGGGCCAAUGGAAUCCUUUCUCCUUCGACCUCUGGGGGUUUCCAUUUCAGCCUGGUUUUCCAAAGGAGACUGUCCGUCAGGUGACUACCAGGGAGCAAGGAUGGGGACGGAAUUUGAUCCUGUUUGCAUGUCAAGGCAGAUCUGCAUGAUUCACCAUUUCUGGAAAAGUUACCGUAUUUUUUGCUCUAUAAGACGCACCUUUUCCCUCCUAAAAAGUAAGGGAAAAUGUGUGUGCAUCUUAUGGAGUGGCUAAGCCCGAAGCUAGAACAGCGAGAUGGAGCGCUGUGCAGCGCUCCCUCUAGCUAUUCUGGCUUUUGGAUAGCCCCCGCGAAGCCUCCGUAGGGCAGCAGGACGAAGGCUCCUCUUGUGGGAAGUGGGGGGGAAGGGACAGAGCGCGCGGCUCUGUCCCUUCCCCCACUUCCCAGAAAAGCCCCCAAGAACCGCACUCCCUUUAAAGAGCGCACGGUUCUUGCAGGAGAUGGGGGAAGGUACAGGGGGCAGCUUACCCACGCGCAGCCUCUUCCAGGCAGGGGGAGCCUUCAUCCCGCUGCCCGGGAGAGGCUUCAGCGGCUAUCCCAGAAGCCACAACAGCAAGAGGCUAUCCCAGAAGCCAGAUCCCUCUUGCUGUUCUGGCUUCUGGGAUUCAGAAUUCCCCCCCCUUGUUUCCUCCCCUCCAGACUAGGUGCGUCUUAUCGUCUGGUGCGUCCUAUAGAGCAAAAAAUAUGGUAACUUCUGGGGUAGCCUCGUAAAUGUGGUUUUCCAGUUUGGUUCUUGGUUCUCUGGCUUACAAUAAUCAAAUACCAAACAGUACAGAAAACAAGGAUCUUUUGAUGCUAUCCUGCUCAGAGCAGCUGUUGGGUCCCCUGCCCCAAAAAAGAUCCCCGAUCUCCAAAGCCUGUGGCAAUGACCUUCCUGGUAAUACUGGCCUUGCUUUGGUUACAGAGGGGCUAAGGAGCUUCUCCAUCUCCUUCUCGGCACCACUGGAGAGCAACCAGAGAUGGCCAUCGUAGACCAGCUUUUCAGACGGUGACCUUCAGCCAGGGGUUGUCUACCAUGGUGAAGUAAGAGGAAGAACACCGUGAGCUCCCAAUAGUAUGGCAAACGGAGCUCAAGGCACGGGAUAGGACUGUGCCCCUGUCUGCUUUCUGUGGUGUCUUCCCCUUCCUUAGUAAGAUCUAGUUCUCCAUUUCCAGGCUCUCGGAAAGUGAUGCUGGCUAUGGAACCCUCCCAUGGUGGAAAACAUCACCACUGCUCUCAACAACAAAGAUGUUGCCAGAAUGCCACAAGAAGAAGCAGCCAUCUGCAGCGAGGUGA